AUGUGCAGAGGAAAGUUGACACGAUGGACCGCAGCAGGAGCGGCCUCCUUCCCCGAAUGUACCUUUCCCACUCGGGGCCACCCACCACCAGAGAAGGGAGCAGAGCAGGGAGCAGAGGAGGGAGCAGAGGAGGGAGCAGAGGAGGGAGCAGAGGAGGGAGCAAAGCAGGGAGCAAAGCAGGGAGCAGAGAAGGGAGCAGAGGAGGGAGCAGAGCAGGGAGCAGAUCAGGGAGCAGAGGAGGGAGCAGAGGAGGGAGAAAAGCAGGGAGCAGAGAAGGGAGCAGAGGAGGGAGCAGAGGAGGGAGCAGAGGAGGGAGCAGAGCAGGGAGCAGAGGAGGGAGCAGAGGAGGGAGCAGAGGGGGGAGCAGAGGGGGGAGCAGAGGAGGGAGCAGAGGGAGCAGAGGAGGGAGCAGAUCAGGGAGCAGAGGAGGGAGCAAAGGAGGGAGCAAAGCAGGGAGCAGAGAAGGGAGCAGAGGAGGGAGCAGAGGAGGGAGCAGAGGAGGGAGCAGAGCAGGGAGCAGAGCAGGGAGCAGAUCAGGGAGCAGAUCAGGGAGCAGAGGAGGGAGCAGAGGAGGGAGCAAAGCAGGGAGCAGAGAAGGGAGCAGAGGAGGGAGCAGAGAAGGGAGCAGAUCAGGGAGCAGAGGAGGGAGCAGAGAAGGGAGCAGAGAAGGGAGCAGAGCAGGGAGGAGAGGGGGGAGCAGAGCAGGGAGCAGAGGAGGGAGCAGAGGAGGGAGCAGAGCAGGGAGCAGAGGAGGGAGCAGAGGAGGGAGCAGAGGGGGGAGCAGAGGAGGGAGCAGAGCAGGGAGCAGAGCAGGGAGCAGAGGAGGGAGCAGAGGAGGGAGCAGAGGAGGGAGCAGAGAAGGGAGCAGAUCAGGGAGCAGAGGAGGGAGCAGAGAAGGGAGCAGAGCAGGGAGCAGAGCAGGGAGCAGAGGGAGCAGGGUUGUGGGGGUGGAGUGAGCGGGCCGUUCAUGCUCCACUGAAGAUCCGCUGUUGUAGAACUACAAGCAGUAAUCAUCACUAA